AUAUUGUUUCUACUUUCUAGUUCUUUCUCUAUAUUUCAUUAUUUCUCCAACAAAUUCCCAUCAGAGAAGAAGAAGAAAGGGAGACAAGUAGGGGGGAAAAGAAAAAUAAAAAGAGGAAAAUUUAUGGCGACUAGUUCUACCAUCUUCCAUUAACGGACUCAAAUUUCAUGUAUACAUGAUGCUGUUGGAGUUGCUCUAAGCAAUAGAAAUUACUCCUGCUGCAAUUAGAACCGGCCGACAAGCUUAUGGAAUUGUUAUAAGAAGCUUAUUGCAAACCUAAUAGAAACGGGUAAUCUGCAGCCGUUCGUUAGUAAUUUACUGCAUCAAAUUUGGUUUUAUUCAGCACACAAAAUCGUUAGCGUUUAUCAGAUUAGAGUCAUGAAAACGGGGAAGACGUUGAUUCCAACUCCAUGGAUAUGAUAUCCGAUUUUCCGAAAGACAUCUUGCAGAGAAUACUUUAUUUUCUCUCUCAAGAAGAUGCUAUCCGAACAUCUGUACUGUCAAAAUCAUGGCGUAAUAUUUGGUGCGCUCGUCCCAAUCUUGAUUUGUCUGACAAAAUCUUCAAAGGAGACAAACAAGAAUUUCUAUUCUUUGUGGGAAAUAACUUACAGCGAUACCGUGAUCAAAGGAUGCGCUUGGAGGAAUUUGGCCUCCGUAUAUUUCUAGGUAAUUACGAAUUUGUUUCGCUUCUUGAAAAACGGGUCGCAACUCUAAAGAAUAUGGGCGUGAAGGAGUUUCGUCUUUCUAUUUAUUCGAGACGUGUUCAGAGACGAAGAAGGAGAUAUGUUAAACUGCCGUCUCUAGUCUUUGAGGCAGAAUCGCUCCAAGAUUUGCAUGCGGAAGGAUUCACGUUGGACCAAACGAGUAUUGGAAGGAAUAUUCUCUGUAAGCAUCUGAAGAAACUUCGUCUCGAAAAGAUUGAAAUUGAGGACGGGGUUUUUGAGAAGAUAAUUACAAGCUGCCCUUUGAUCGAAACUAUGAUUCUCAAAUCAUGCAAGGGGUUAACAAACAUCAAGGCGAACAAUCUUCGUCGUCUCAAGCACUUUACUUUUUCUGUUAUAGGAUUUCCUGACUCACCACUUUGUAGCAUUGAAAUCCAUCCCCCGUCUCUUGAAACAGUCGAAAUUGAGCACGCUAAUAUUUUGAUUCACAAAGGUGCGCAGUUUCGUAAUCUCAAUAGUGUACGUAUGAACGACGUCAAAAUCUCGUCGGUGGACAGCUUUUGUUCGUGUAAAUUCCCAAGUUUAAAAGAGUUGGCUCUUUCAGACUGUGACGGACUCGAAGAAUCCAUACAAAAAUCACAUGUAUUUAUUGAUGCACCAAACAUGGACUCUUUUGUAUAUCACGGAUUUUUUAUCCCGUCCAUCUCGUUUUCGACGACUUCUAGAGAGUGGAGUUCAACUUUGUCUCUGGAUUUUACGGGUGCUCCUUCGUCGUGGUUACCCAACCUGCAUAAAAUGCUCGAGUCGUUAAGCCGGUCUAAAAUUUCUCUCACUAUUUGCCAGUUGUGCUUCGUUUACGAUGAGGUCAUAAUUCAAGGAUGCCUUGAUCUGGUACAGGGUAUUAAAGGUGGAAAUAAACCUGCAGUUGUGGUGAAGAAGUUGUUAUUGUGUGGUAACUCAUCUUACUUUUCACCUCUUUUGAACGGGUUGUUGUGCAUUUGUCGUCCAAGAAAGAUCGGUGAUAUCAACUACACGGACUCCGAGUCGGUGUUGAAGAAUCUAAUGCAGAGAGAAGGUGGAAACCAAGAUGAAUUAAGACAACUGUGGCUGCCGGAUUUGGAGGAAUUACGCUUGGAGAUUUACGACAAUAACCGAAGAAAAUGGGAUCCGACAAGUUUUGCAAAUUUGCCUGAAUACGAGGAAGGGAAACGUAUUCGUACUCGCUUUGCAUUGAAAUGGAGGGAAAACUUGUGAGUCUGUGAGAAAUGAUUUAUUAGUCUGCUGAUAGUUCUCGAAUCGUAUAUAUUGAUUUAUAAAAACAUUGUUUUAAUUUUAUUCUAAAAGUGUUCAUUGUGA